CAAAGUUUUAGUUAUUUUUCAGCGAAAACUAUGACCUACGAAUAUAAAGUAGCUAAUUAGAUAUUGUUGUCCAAUGAACACUUCUUAUAAUUAUUAUGGUAGCCAAUACAACAAUUACUACGCAUCAGAAAACAGAAUUCCCUCUGAUGUGAAAGCUCAUGCGUGUUUAAUGAUCUUAGCAUGGGGUUUCUGUAACCCAAAUGCAAUAAUCAUUUCGAGACACUUCAAGAAAGGUUGGCCAGGUCGGACAAUAAAUAACUUCGCUUACUGGUUUCAGUUUCACAUUAUUCUGCAGUCAUUCACCCUUGCGUUCGUUUUAUUGGCACUAAUGAUUAUUGUUGUACAUGUUAUGGGCUACUCAAAUUUAAAUGAUCUGCCCUUCAGCGCUCACCCAGCUUGUGGAUUUGCAAUCGUUGUGCUUACUUUCUCAAAUCCUAUUGUUGCAUGGUUUCUCUGCACGACAAGUGGUCGUCAGAGAGCUAUUACGAAAUAUGUUCAUCAGGUGGCUGGAAUUUUGUCCCAGAUGCUUGCAGUCCCGACGGCCUUAAUCGGAUUACAGAUGCCUGCUUUGGGAUAUGGUGUUUGUUCAUCAAAAAUAUAUUCGACACUUUUUGCUAUUACUGUUGUUCUUAACGUCAUCGUUGAAAUAACUCUUGAAGUUAUUGGAUACAAAAUCGGAAAAAAUGUCAAAAUUGUGCGGUCAAUCCUAAGCAUUCAAGCUGAUGAAGCUGACAAACUGCUGGCUCGAAUUGAAGAAGAUCCGAAACAUGGAGCUACAUUUUUAGAACACUAUAGGAUAGAACUUAAUCAAAGGUCCAAAAGAGGUGUACCAAAAGAAAUUACCAAAAACCAUACAUGUUGCAGGUUGAUCGGAUUAUAUUUGAAAAGUCAAGCUUAUCCUACAUGUAACUCAAUGACGGCUAAUUAUUUUCUAAGCAUAUGAUCAGAAGAGUAGAAGGUACCGUUUAAUUAAUAUGAACAUGCCAAUCAAGUUAUAAAAAACUACUUAUAAGAGGAAUCCAUUUCAUAUAUAUAUGAUAAAUUAUAAGCUAACGAUUAAUUGUACUAGUAUAUGGAGAAUUGUAGAGACUAAGGAUCUCUCAUAGUUUAAAUCAUGAAUUAUUCUCAGCUAAACCAUAUUUAAGAACCCAGGAUGAUUGAACAGUUGUUUCGUCGUAAUAAGAGAUUCCUCAGAAGUGUGCACCCCUGAUGACUCUGUAUCUUGGAAGCAAAAUCAUGAUCUUUGAUCUAUGGCACGAACCCUUAAACUAUAAACCACUGAGCCAACAUCCAACUGUGUAUGUGUCUUGCCUCAGCCAUUUAAUGAUACUGCACAAUCCUCAUCCAUUUCCCGCUGUGGAUAACUGUCUCACAUCUGAAAUGAUUGAAAUACACUAGUCAAAGCUUUCACCAGAACUCCAGGAGCAACCGAAAGCCCUGGGCUUGGUUCGUUGAUGCAUACCACUGAGGAGUCUCAUACUAAAACGAAAAGAUUGUCUGGUGCUUCCAUAUUAUUAACGGUGAUCUCGCUUAAAUCAGUUCAUGACUUAAACUCAGAGAAUUAUUGUAUGUUUGUUGGAAUUUGAAGUUAUAUGAAGUUGGACUACAUAAUUUUUAGGUAAUAAUAACUAGUCAAAUUUUAACAAACAAUUAUGAGUUAACCUAUGUUGCCUCAUAUAUAUAUGAUCGUAUAAUGUUAAAAAUGGACUCCAUGGCAAUAAUCACUUCACUUUAUAAAAGGAGAUCUAAUGACCUAUGGGGCAUUAUAUUACCUUCGAUGACUCACAUGGCCUAUGAUCCUCCAGGAGGGCUAACAGGCGAUGAUUCACAGCUUGUAAUUAUGUAAACUCCACGUCAGUUGUCUUGGUUAAAUCCUUAUAGAGUAGCUGUAGUUCGUGGAUAAUUUAUUUCACCAACACUAACCAACGUAGGCUUGACAAUUUACCGUUAGCAUCCAUAUACAGUGUAAAACUACUAUCUCUGAGGGUUGUAUUUCAGAACUCUGCUUUCCAUUCAUCCAACAUUUGAACAUGGUUUUGGAUUAUUAGUAGUGACAAUGAUCAAUAUGCUGCCACCUUUAAGUACCUGUGUCAUUCAAAUGAGCUGUAUACAAUUAAUGUUGUGAAAUAGAUUUCAUGUAUUCCGCAUGCAUAAUAGCAUUAUAACUAGUAAACGAGUAUCUUUUUUUCUCAUAAAUGGAUGAUUAUGACAAUAUUUAAUUAACAUAUUUGUAACUUUUCAAAAAAAUUAUCUUAAUCAUAAAUUAUUCAGUUGAUGUACUGUAGAAAAUACUACAGUUAGGAAUCAGGCUUUUCAAAGAAAUCUCUAUUUCAACGGUAUUCUUCACUAUCUAAUUAUUUACACACAUCUUAUUACGUAGUGAUUUUAAUGUUUUGUGAUUACUAUUCCUAGUCUAUUUACCCACGUUUGUUUGACCUUCUAUUUCCAACGAUUAACUAUUGAUAAGAGUUUUGUUAUUCUCACUAUUAUCAGUUCACCUGUCUUCCUACUAUCAACUUGUACUUUUACCUAUUAUGUGUAGUGACAUUCUAUUUCAUUGUGAUUAUUGACCCAUAUUGCCUUGAUUGGUUUAAAAAUUUUCGUAUAAAUAUUCAUGUAUAUUAGGGUAAAGCCUGAUGACGAUCUAAUUGAAAACAAUUGUUCGUUUAUAUGUGUUGUUCAACGGUUUAUCUUGAAAAUUCAUAUGGACUCAUCUCUUUGAAAUAUAUUUGUUCAUCAGCAUAAGACAUAUUAGAUACGCCUUAUAUUUUACUGUCAGUCAGUCAAACACCACUUAGAAGCUCGUACAUACUUUAAUAUAAUAAGCCAAGUCGUAAAAACUGCUACGCAUGGAUUGAAUAAAACUUACGACUGUUAACCCUAGUGGAGGAGCAUGGGCCGCUCACCAGCUUUCUCCAUCAAACUCUGUUCUGGGCAAUCCUCUCCAGCUGUUUCCAACUGCUAUUCAUUCUU